UCAUCCCACAGAACGAGAUGACGUCUACUACAGCCUAAGAUAUCAUCAAAUAUUUCACUGUCUUCAUCGUUUGGUAAAAAUGUAUAUAACAGUAAGUCCCAAAAAUGAUUUUAAAAGGCUGAACAAACCCCGACAUGCUCUAGAUCACCGAUAUUUUAAAAUUUUAUCUCCACAGCAUCCAAGUAGUCCUGUUUUUGUGAUUCACCGGUCAUCCUUGAGUGUAGUUUAUCGCAGAGGAAAACAGUCUCAUUUAAGUCAAACGGAAUAACGUCACAUUUCUUAACUUACAUAAACACGACUCUAAAGAUAACGAGUCUGAGGCAGCAAAAUAAUCUACUACAAUGUGAAGUAGCAGUUGGAGUUCGCAAAAGUACGGCUACACGGUCAAUCGUUCUGCUCCUGCGCGUCCCGCCCCCUUUCCUCCGUAUUUAAAAACAGAAGAGGAUCCUUUUCAGCGACACAUGAAGUUGACUUCUCGUAAACUAACGCAGUCAUGGCGGCCAGUAACAUUGACCUUCCAGUCAUCGAUCUCAAGAAAGCUCAGGAUCCAGCGAAGCGACUGGAUGUUGCCCGGAAACUAGUGCACGCUCUUGAAACGGUGGGUUUCUUGUAUAUAGACAAUGCAAAGGACCUCGACUCACAGAAGCUCAUGACAAACACCCGAUGGUUCUUUUCGCUGCCAGACGAAGAAAAACAACAGCUUUCCAGAAGGCAGUGGAACCCUUUCAGUCGAAACCGUUACAGAGGUUACUUCCCCCUGCAAGAAGGAGAAAUUUCGUACAAAGAAGGUUUUGAAAUAGGCCAGGAAAUACCCCCUGAUGACGACACGAUCCAUCCGUUCUUCAACGAACCCAACGUUUGGCCUGCAGGCUUGGAAGGGUCCCGUGCGUUUCACUCCGACAUGGUCGAGUACUACUAUGCCGCCACGCACUGCGGCGCGGAGAUUCUGCGACUCGUGUCACUGGGCUGCGACCUCGGCGAGGAGUGGUUCGAGGACAUGUUUUUCCCUAACAGUCUCUCCACCCUACGGCUGCUGCAUUAUCCGGCACGGUACGGCGACGUCCCGGACGAGGCUGUCGAUGACGGAACGGUGCUGUGCUGCUCUGAACAUUCUGAUUCAGGGUUCGUCACUCUGCUGGACACGUUCGCGUACAAAGGUCUGCAGAUCCGGCUGGAGGGGGGCCAGUGGCUGGACGUGCCGUGUCGCCCGGGCUCCCUCGUCAUGAAUAUCGGCGACAUGCUCUCCGCCAUGUCGGGCGGGCGGUUCAAAGCUACUUGCCACAGAGUUGUCGACACGGGUGUCGAUCGCAUGUCUGUGCCCUUCUUCUUCGAACCCAACUACGACGCAGACAUCAGUUGCAUCAUGCCCUCCGGCCCCGUGGCGUCGUCGUCGACGGCAACGACGUUGCAACAGUUCUGCGGCAAGAAAUCCAAAGUUGCAGGUGGCACACAGUAUGGCACCUGGCUGAUUGAGAAGAUGCGGAGCUUUGCCGAGUACCGGGACAUCCUGAGCGAGUUUAAAUUUGGCUCGUCGGGUUCCAGAGCCUGAGAUACCGCUAGGAAGUCUUACAGCAAGCGCUGUGUGCUAGGAAUGAGUGGAUGAGUGAGUGGGUGCGUAAGCGACGAAUGAGUGAACAUAUCCCCCUCUCCCUUCAGAGUAAAUAAACCUGGUUAUGGUUGAAGUUUUAGAAGAAAAGCUGAUGACGAUGUCAAUAGGCCUUUUGGAUACAAAAUCUAGCUCAGUUUGUUUUUUUAGACCGUAUAUAGCCUACAAACUGUCCACUUUGACAACUGUCAUUUUUGGGACUGGUCCUGGGUACCUCUCCGAACUCACUUCCAUCUAUACGCCCGCACGACCUCUUGGCUCAUCUUCUGACACCAAGCUUCUGUGAGUCGCACUAGCUAAGACAACUUGGAACGGAUUACUCGUCAGCCUUCGACAGUGAUUCUUUUACCACCUUUGUCUCAUUAGGAUGAUAUUAGGACACAUCUUUUCCGAACUCGGACUUCACUGCGACCCUGUCCUGACCAUGAGCAUGUAUAACGUACGCCUGUAUUUACUUUGUGUAUAAUCGAGUGUAUGAUGUAGAGGUGCGUCUCUGUUAUUGUUAUAUGCAAGUAUAGGUGCAUGGCUGUUAAUGAUUUAUUCUAUGUAUGACUUAUGUAAAGCGCUGUGAGCAAAUCUUUGGAAAGGCGCUAUGUAAAUCCUUAUUAUUAUUAAACGUUUGAAACGAUCGAGUAUGAAAUUCAACAUCUUCGCGUUCACGUGUGUGUCUUCUCUUUCUCUCCUUCUCUCUCUCUCGUACACAGAAUCAAGAUGCCAUACUGGUUACAGUAAAGGUCGUUCCCAGAUCUUUUUAGGUCGCUGUGGAGUGAGAAGCUUCACUUUUCUCGAGGUCAGGGUUAGAAUUAUAUAAAGGCGGUAUCCACCUUCUCUCCCUCGCUGCCUUACCUUCCUCGACUUUUUAAAUUAAGGUCUGGUGCCCAUCCCCACCAGCCAGGUAUCGAACCGGCGCGCCUCUCAGUUCGGAUGGCAGUGCUCUAACCCCUCGAUCGACUAUCCUCUCCCAUACUGGUUACAAUGAUGUGUCCUGAAGACACGCACAGUAAUCUGUUUGAUACCUGUACUACCCAGGACUUGCCCCCAGAUGACCUAAGUGUGGGCUGGGUUCUUGACACAGUAGAGGGUUGGGAAGGUAAGGUGGUAUGGGAGGACAAAUGGGCAUCGUUAGUCCUGUCCGAUUUCUGGUCCAGGUCGAUCCGAGCUGUGGAUUCCGGGCUUCAAUACCUAGUAACCUGCCCUUUUGUCACACAAUGAUAAUAGUUGCAAAUAUGUAUCAAUCCGCUUCUCUUUUAAACCAAUUAUUCUCAUUCUCCUGACCCUUUCCAAGGGAUUUUUAUGGUUCAGACUAAGCAACAGGUGAUUUUCAAAAUGAAUGGAAUUAGCCCUCGCUACUGAAAACAACUGUGUGUGUGUGUGUGUUCAAAUCAGCUGUUUCAAAUGAGGUGUUUGAACUGUAUCAGCCCAAGUUGAUCGAUUAAACAUUAUAAUUAGACGACAUGUAGAUCACGCAGAAAGUAUAUGUCGGUCGCUUCUGCCAAAAAUCUACGACCAGCAGUAAUCUUGCGUUUCUCCCACGCGUCGCCAUUUCCUUUCCUAUCAAUUCCACCCCCUUCCUCAACCACCAUCCCUCCAAAGGAAAAAUAAAAAGGUUAUGAAUUC